UUCUUCACAGCAAUCUCUACUUCUAUUCUCUCUACCUAGCUACAAUGGGUUACUCUUUGCUCUCUUUUAGUCUUGGCUUUCUUCUUUUAUUUCAUUGCAGUUUUGGUCAGAGAGAAAAGGUUGUGAAUUCACAGCAACCACAACAACAGCAACGUUUCCAGACUCAAUGCCAAAGCCAGAAUCUUAAUGCUCUUGAGCCCCAGAGGAGGGUUGAAUCUGAGGCAGGUGUCACGGAGUUAUGGGACCAGAAUGAGGAACAACUACAAUGCGCCAAUGUUGCCGUGUUACGCCACACUCUACAGAGCAGAGGCCUCUUAGUCCCUUCAUACAACAACGCUCCUGAGCUAGUCUACGUUGUUCAAGGAAGGGGAAUUCAUGGAGCUGUAUACCCGGGUUGCCCUGAGACAUUCCAAGAAGAAUCACAGUCACAGUCACGGUCACGGCGGUUCUCAAGAUCAGAAAGGAGCGAGCAAUCAGGAGAACGACACCAAAAGGUCAGGCAUAUCCGGGAGGGUGAUGUCAUUGCAUUGCCUGCAGGAGUAGCUCACUGGAUUUAUAACAAUGGCCAGUCCAAGCUUGUUUUGGUGGCACUUGUGGACGUUGGUAAUUCAGAGAACCAGCUCGACCAGUACUUAAGGAAAUUCUUCCUGGGUGGAAGCCCACAACAAGAAAUUCAAGGUGGUGGUGAGAGCCAAAGCAGCAGAAAAGGCCAGCAGGAACAGCAAAGCGACAAUAUGUUGAGCGCCUUCGACGAGGAGAUACUCGCUCAAUCUUUCAACAUUGACACUGAGCUAGCCAGAAAACUGCAAAGAGAAAGGAGGCAGAGGGGCAUUAUUAUCCGGGUUGAGGACCUUGAGUUACUAACACCACAAAGACAAGAUCAAGAACAAGAAUACGGAGAAGAAAGAGAGCAAAGACAGAGAAAUGGUUUGGAGGAAACCUUCUGCACGAUGAAGCUAAAGCAAAACAUCAAUGACCCAUCACGCGCUGACGUCUACAACCCAUAUGGUGGACGAGUCACCAGCAUCAAUGCCUUGAACCUUCCCAUCCUCAGAUACCUCCAGCUUAGCGCCGAGAAAGGCGUGCUUUACAGAAAUGCUAUCCUGGCACCUCACUGGAACUUAAAUGCGCACAGCGUAAUCUAUGUCAUAAGGGGCAAUGGCAGGAUUCAAAUCGUCUCGGACAACGGAGAAUCGGUAUUCGACGAGGAAAUUCGUGAGGGUCAGUUGGUGGUUGUCCCACAGAACUAUGCAGUGGUAAAGAGGGCAAGCAGUGAGGGACUCGAGUGGGUAUCAUUCAAAACCAAUGAAUUGGCACAGAUCAGCCAGCUGGCGGGACGUUUCUCAGUGUUAAGAGGGUUACCAUUGGAUGUUAUCGCCAACUCGUUUGAUAUUUCCAGGGAAGAUGCCAGGAGGUUGAAGGAGAACAGGCAAGAGACGACAGUUUUUAGUCCUGGGUCAAGGUCACAGAGGGAGAGUAAGAGCGAGAGGGAAAGACAGAGGCAGUGAGACUAAGCAAAAUGUAAGCGGUGAAUAAUUAGACACAAAAUAUGUGCAUAAAACAAGCCCCGGUAGUGGCGGGCAUGAAGAGAGUUAGACCGUGGGGGAGUGUAAUUUCUGAGUUUUAUGGAGGAGCUUUAUUGCAGAAUACUGUUCUCUUUAACAAUCAAAAUAAAUGUUUCAUCUUUGAA